AUGAUCGACGUGUCGUCGCCGUCGUCGCCAGCCAUGUCGCAGCGCUCCGGCAGCCCGUCCACGGCGCAGUCGCAUCCACACACGCUCUGGGAAGGCGCCAUGAGUGCACUUACCGGUACCAACGUUUUGCUGAGAGCUACGUCGGCUGCUUGUUCGCGAGAAGUCGUAGAAAUGCGUCGCAGGCGGCAGUGCUCCUUGGAGUGGGAGUUCUUGGCCGCGGUUCUCGAUAGAAAUUUCACUACCAAAAUGUCACCAUUCUAUAACGGUAUUAACAUCGACCUCAACAAAGGGGCGGAACGAAUACUUUCCGACUUUGGUAACGUCUGUGGAAAGAAUGGCCUUCGCCUAAAUUUCGCAAAGACGAUGCUCAUGAGCGGCGAAUUGGUUUUGCAUGUACCACUCACGCUCAACGUAAACAUUACCAAAGAAUUCUUUUCUGAACUUCUUGGUGCUACUCACUUCGUAGUAACCCUUUUCCAGACUUCUACUGCUCGUUUUCAUAACGGUGGUGAUGUUGAUCACGAUGGGUCUGGUGAUGGCUUUGAGGAAGACGAAAUCCGCGGAAUCUACCGACAGUCUUAUCUAUUUAUUUUAUUUUACAUGACCCGUCUUCACGUCUACCGUGCGGAUCCCAGCACUUCCGAUAUUCGAUUCGUUUCCUCGCAUCCAUUGUCGACGAAGAUCUUCCAACUUUUACGUGUGACUUCGGUUGCUGCUUGA